CGGCUCGCUGUCUGCCAACACAAAUCUAGUUUGUAUAAAUUUUUAAUUUUUGAUAUUUAUAGUUUAUAGUUAUCAGAAAAGGAAAUGCCGCGAGUCAAAUCCAUCUCUACGAAGAACGGGGAUGAUGAUAAAAACGUUAUCGAACUGUUCAGAACCAAGAAGUUUGUGGCAGAAUCAUUGACUUCAGUCUAUGCCAACCACACAACGGUAGCUCCCGAUGGAAUUAUUCGGACUGACACUGUCGGUGAGAUCGAAGAUCGUCACUUGAAAGCGGCUCCAGAACUGCCCAGCCUGAAGGAACUCACUGUCAAGUCUAGCAACAAGAAUCUCUACCAGCUCACCAUGCAACUAAAGGAGGAAGAGUCGGAGAACUCUGAGAGCGAAUGGUUAGACAGAAGGAUUCGUCAGGAGAUCAAAGCUCAGGACAAGGAGAAAAUUCCGCUGGAACAGGAAUGUGAAAAUCCUGAAAAGCAUAGCACAAAGAAGCGGUUAAGGCAUUUGGAGUGUGGCCACUGUCGGAAGAGAAAUCCCUCGCUGGAUGCCUUAAAGAAAGAUCCGUUUAGAAAGAUGGUUCCCGAGAGCUACAAUGACCUGAAUCCCCAGCCAGUGAUCGCAGCCACAAAACCGACUUUAAGCAUACAAAAGGCCGAAGUUCAACCUCAUAUGGCACGACCCUCCGAGGAGCAUUUUAGAUACACCGAAAACCCGAAGAAGGCCUUCAUGACAAUCGCCGAAAGAGCAAUGCGCAAUAAAGGUUGGAAUAGGUCGUUGAAGAAACAGGACGUAAAGUCAAGAAAGAACCGUAAGGAGCCAAAGGAAACUUUGAAAGAUGUGAAAGUGGCGGAGGUUCUCAAGGUCUGGGCUUCACAGCAGAUACGUUUGGUACUGAAAUUGAUUGAUAAAAAUCACAUUUACAGCUUAGCCUUUGUACUGAUCACCUUAGGCUACUUGGUCUACAUCCUGUGGUUCGACAUCAACGUGGGUUUGAAUGAACAGAACCGAUAUCUGGCCAAGAUGCGGAGCUCGGGAGUGCCGAUGAAGUGCUUCUACUACGUGAUGCGGCUAAUCAGAGCCCCUAUAUUUUGAUGGGCGGGACAAAUUGAAGUUUUAAUCAAACAUUUUGCAUUUCAAUAACAAAACGGCGCGCUGUUAUUCAGUUUCCAUGGCGCAAUAUUUAUUGUAAAAUAUUUAUAAAUGGAUAUUUUUGC